AUGAGAAAAUAAGCAGAAUAUGAACUAUAUAAACGUCUUAAAUUACUAGGCGAGGGAUCAUUUGGGAAGGCGUAUUUGGUGGAAUGUCUGUAGGACAAGUCUCUGUGGGUCACCAAAUACAUGGAUUUAGCUGCAAUGACUCCUUAGGAGAAAGACGAAACCUUGAGAGAAUCUAAAAUUCUUGAAUUUCUAUCCCAUCCCAAUAUUGUGAAGUUUAGAGAAGUUUAUAAAACAAAAAAGGCGAGAUUGUGUAUCGUUAUGGAGUAUGCCGAUGGUGGUGAUUUGGCAUAAAAAAUCAAGGAGGCUAAAGGCAAAUACUUUCCUGAAACACAAAUUUUAGAUUGGUUUACUUAAUUAUGCUUGGCCAUUAAACAUGUUCACGAUAGGAAGAUUAUUCAUAGAGAUUUAAAAGGACAAAACAUUUUCCUGACCAAAGAAGGCCAAAUUAAAUUAGGAGAUUUUGGAAUAGCAAAGAUUUUGAAAAAAACAGUUGAGAAGGCUAAGACAAUGGUUGGGACACCUUAUUAUAUAAGUCCUGAAAUAAUAGAAGGCAAACCUUAUACAUUUAUGACUGAUAUAUGGUCAAUAGGAGUUAUACUAUAUGAACUGUGUGCAUUGUAACCGCCUUUCAAUGCUGAAUCGCUACAUUUUCUAGCCUUGAAUAUCGUUAAAGGACAAUACAAGCCUAUUCCUUCACAUUAUUCUAAAGAAUUGAAAUAGCUUGUCUAAUCGUUAUUGCAAGUUGAUUAUCGAAGAAGACCUACAAUCUAAGAAAUUUUAAAAAUGCCAGUUAUUACAAAUAGAAUUAAAAGCUUUUUAAGUGAAACCAUCUAGAAGUAAGAAUUUUCACACACUGUUUUCCACAAUAAAGUUUUUGAAGUCAAAGGAAGUUUAAAUUAAGUGAAUUUAAUAUUGAAUGAAUAACCAUGUCCUCCUUAGUAUUUAGAACAAAAUGCCAAGAAUUUGUAAGAGUUUCCCAACAUAGCUAAAAAACCUUCCAUUCAAGAAUUCGAUGCUGUUCGACCUCCCUAACUAUCAAAAUAAUAAUAACAACCCUCAUCUAGGCAAUCUGAUCCCUAAAAAGAUACACCAAAAAUAAUAUAAUAAGAAUAAUAAAAACCAUAGGAAUUACCAAAAUAAAUUGAUGUUCCUAGAAAAAUAGAUCCCAUCACAAAGAAUUCACCUUUAGUAUAAAAAAAAGAUGUUUAAAAAGGAACUCCACCAUAGAAGGAAAUCAAAAAGCAAUCACCAUUAUAAAAAUAUAAUUCAAGACCCAGUAGUGAUUAAGAAAAAUAAUAAAGAAGCGAGCCCUGUAAAUUUGAUGCCUAGGAGUAAAAGAAGCAUUCAAACAGCAAUGAAUAACCAAAACAUUAAUAAAAAAUUGAAUAGCCAAGACCUCCAACUGCUCCAAAAGAAAAGCCAAAACCUCAAGUAGUCCAGUAAAGACCCUUAAGUUCAAAGCCACAAGUUUAAGAGUAAAAAGUAGUUUAGAAAGUGAAUGUUGAAAAGAAAAGACCCACAAGUGUGGAUAAAGUUUCACCUGCCCAACAAUAAUAAUAAAAGCAAUCCCAAUCAGAAUAGUAACGUCAGGAAGAAAGAAUUCGUUUGCUAAAAUAAAAAUAACAAUAGGAGUAGUAAGAGAAAGAAAAGAAAGAAAAGAAGGAGAAAGAAUAACAAAUUUAAUAAGAAUAAUUGCUAGAGAAAUAGAGACAAUAUGAAAAAUAAUAAUAGUUGGAAAAGUAAUAAAAAGAAAAAUAACAAUAACAAUAAUUGGAAAAGUAAUAACAAUUAGAGAGACAAAAAGAAUAAGAUAGAAUUAGGUAAGAAGAAAAACAGAAAAUUGCGUAAAAUUAAUAAGUUUCUAAAGUGGAUGUUAAUAAGUAAGAUUAAUAAAAACAAAAUUUGGAAAGAUAACCAUCAUAGAAAUAAUCUCAAAUGGAUAGCAAAUAAAAUGAAUCAAAGGCAUAGUUGAAAUCAAAAGCAGACUAACUCCAAAAGAUAGAAUAGAAUGGCUAAGACUUUGCUCUUAUGCUUAAAGAAUUAGAAAGCUUGAUUAACAACGUUAAUAGUGCUAUUGAUAAAUUUCCAAAUAUGGGUGGCAAAGAAAAUUACUUUGACUUUAAUUCUAUUUUGACUAUGUAGAUGGAAGAUAGAGAGGAUGAUGAAGACGAACCAACUAAUUAAUUCGAGAAGAAAACAAAAGGUGGUCUAAAAUUAAUAUCAAAAGAAGAGGAGGAAUGUUUAGAGAUGUUAAAUAAGCAAGAGUCAAGACCCUCUAGUUUAAAAAUAAAAUUAGAAAGUGUUCUUGGAGUAGAAAAGAUGAACAAAGCAAAAAACAUUCUGAAAUAAACUCUAGAGAAACUGGAUUUAGAAACUAUGGAAUAAGAAUACGGACCGAAUUAUGAGAAAUUAUUACCAUUUUUAACUUUUGAAGAAAGGAAAAAAUACGCACCACUCUUAUUUACUUAUAUUAUAUGCGGAUGA